CUGACACUUGGAUUUCUUAUUGGUCUCCUGUGCAUGAGUGUUUUCAAGGUCUUUCCACUGAAUCUGAACAAUGCAGUCCAUCAGAGACUUAAAGGCCAACUUCAGCGGCCCUCCUCCUUCCUCCAUGGCUGCUGGUCCUGAUGCGUAUCUCCAGGGCAACCUCAGGAUGACUCUGGAAGAUCCUGAACUCUGGAAGACCUUCCACGAAAUAGGAACAGAGAUGAUCAUCACAAAACCGGGCAGGAGGAUGUUUCCACACUGUAAAGUUAAUCUCUCUGGACUAAUUCCAUGUGCCAAGUACAUCUUACUGGUUGACAUGGUCCCUGUGGAUGGUUUCAGGUACAAGUGGAAUAAAGACAAAUGGGAGGUGGCAGGAAAAGCGGAGCCUCAGCCGCCUUGCAGAACCUACCUCCACCCCGACUCUCCAGCCCCCGGGAGCCACUGGAUGAAGCAGUCUGUCUCCUUUCUCAAGCUCAAGCUCACCAACAAUACACUUGAUCAGCAUGGCCAUAUCAUUUUACACUCUAUGCAUCGCUACCACCCACGCUUCCACAUCGUCCAAGCAGAUGACCUGUUCAGUGUCCGCUGGAGUGUUUUCCAGACCUUUACGUUCCCUGAGACAUCCUUCACAGCAGUCACUGCCUACCAGAACACUAAGAUCACCAAACUCAAGAUUGAUCACAACCCAUUUGCAAAAGGUUUCCGAGAUGAAGGCACGAAUAAGAAAAGGCGUGCAAACAAGACCCCGGCCUGCCAUGAGAAGAGAACCAAGAUGAACGACAUCAUGAACAGAGACUCUGAGGAGGAAAGUCCACCGGAUUUCUGCAGGACAUCGUAUGAAGGUUUUGAUGGUGAUGACGGAGAUUUGCCCAAAAGGAAAGAGGCCAAUGCCGUCAAAGAGGAGAGUUACUCUCCUUGGGCUGCAGACAGAGAACAUGGUGUGAGGACUGAGUCUCCUACUGAGACAGAGACCAGAGACAUGUACAACACAGAGCAACUCGUACCUGCUCCAGCGUCCUACCAGCCUUACAGGUUCCAUGAGUACGGAAAGUCGCCCUCGCCCUCCUCCAGCAUCGGCAGCAGUGGAUCCUCAGGACGAAGCAGCUUUGAAUCAAGAGUCCCUGAUGUUGCCACUGUCCCCGAUCACGACUCUUCAAAGCCCCGAGCACACGAGAUCGGCCCUUCAUCUUGUGGCCCGCAGCACCUCCCUGGCCCCCAGGACUACCCCGGGGUGCUCAACAUGACCAUGGCCCAGGCGGGGAAGCCCGGAGUGAUUGGCCACCACAUCUACAGCCCCUAUGGCACCGAGCAGCCUCUGGGCCAGUGGAGCAGCCCCGGUCCUGCCCAGUAUCCCCCUCCUCACCACCUGACUGCUGACUACACCACGCAAGCUGUGCACCACGGCUAUCACCAUGGCAACAUGGCCGACUGGAGCCAGUACCCAUUGUUCUCUUACUCCUGCUGGUGAAUGGAUCUUCAGUACUAACUGACUGAAAAUGAUUUUACUGAUGCUGCUGCUCCACCAUCCUACAAGAAGGCUCAUCUAGUGCUCACAGCCAUGAAAAUGCAUGCCCAGACAAGACUGAGAGCCAGAAACCUGUGACAAGAAUAGAAAAACUGAAAGAUAAAAAGAAGUUAAGAGCCGCCUGUCGCUGUCUUCUGUUCAGACUGGCAGGCUCCAGUAUCGCUGAGUGCAACUAAAGCGUGCUAUGCUAUGGAGAAUGAAUUGUUUUAUUGUCUAUUUAUUUUGUAUUUCAACUUAUCUUCAGGUGUAAAUAUUAUUUUUAUAAAAAAGAAAGAC